AAGAAAUACACACUCCACCCGACCCGAAAUGGUCCGGGUCGGAAACUGAUUAUGUACCUUUGUUAACAACAAAACUAAUUACCCAAGUCAAAAGGAAUUCUCGAAACUGCCCCAGGUCAUCAUCAUAUCAUCCUCUCUGUUGAAAAAUGCCCAUCAAGUGUUCGACGAAAUGGCUGAAAGGAAAUUUUGGCUUCUUCGACGAGUUUUGACAUUCGGACAGGUGGUGAUGGUCUCUUCAGAUGCUAUUGCGACUCUCUGAUUGAAAAUGUGCAGGUAAAAUCAAAUACUCUGCAAUACUAAUUAACGCAAUUCAUAUAUAAGAGAAGAUGAUCUCUCCCUUUCAUAUUAUGUUGCUUAUUAUUUGAAGUUGUUUAGAAUUUAGUAAUAUGUACUUUUUUAGCAAAACAUAAUAUCUUUAUUUAUAUGAAUUUGGUGGGAAAAGAAAGAAAGAGACAAAUGCUUUUGUCAUGCUUGCCACCUUUAUCUGUUGAAAAAUCUUCUCCACCGCAGACCCAAAAAAAUAAUAUUGUUUUCUUUAUCCUUUUUGUUUGCUUCUUAUAAGAGAUUGUUGUUGUAAGCUCACCAAACAUUCAGAUUUGAGCUUUCUUCUUAUAUAUCUGUGUAGGGGACCAGAGAAUCAAAUCACUUUUCAAGUGAAUAAUACUUUUGAUUUCUCCAUUUGAACGAUUCUGGUUUUUGUUGUAAACCAACAACCAUCAUGCUCAGUUUCCAAGAAGAAUGGAUGCUUACAAUUGUAUCGUCGUGAUCUUCUGCAUCUCCUUGUUUGCAAUCAAUUUAGUGUUUUCUUGUUUCACUUGCUUCUCCAUUCUUCAGAGCUCCAUGAAAGAUGAAAACCAGGAUUUCAGUGAUCUCAGGAAGAAUCUUAUUGAACCAGAGGAAGCUAAACCAGAUGAGAAGGUAAUGAUCAUUACAGUCUCUAGUAACCAAGAAUUAUCUGACUCCACUGAUGAUGAUGAUGGUGGCCAAGAUUGCUCUCAUGAGGAUAUUUGUGCUUGUUGAAACAAAGGUUGGCUUCUAUUUCCAUUACACAAUUCUCCUCUUGCUUUUGCAAUUUUGUCUUAUGAUCAUUCCUACUUGUAAAUGGUUAAAUCCAUAGAUCGAGAGUAUCCAUCUUAUGCGGAAUCCAGAUUUUUGUUUUUGUUUCAUGUGUAUCAUAUGAAAGAAAUUAUACAGUCUGCAAAAAGCAUAUGUAAAUUGAAUGGUGGUGGUGCACAAAUUUGUGGAAAGUUCAAAGUUAUAUUGUUUAAUUUGUGGUGCAUAUAUUUCUUGAUUAAGUUUAAUUUUCAAGGUUUACG